AGCAGCCAGUCAGUCUCAGUGAGGUUUUUGAAAAAACUCCAAACCAACUUCAGGCUGCUCCGAGGAAACACCACCGCGGGAAACUCUCUGUCACAUUCAACCAAAUCCCAACGAGAAGCUUUUUUUCCCAAAAAAUUGAGUAAAGAUGAUAAAGACAACGACCACAGAGAGGGACCUGGCCGAGGACGCUACGUGGAAGAAGAUCCAGCAGAACACCUUCACCCGCUGGAUCAACGAGCACCUGAAGUGCGUCAACAAGCGGAUCGCAGACUUGCAGCUGGACCUGAGCGACGGCCUGAGGCUCAUCGCGCUGCUGGAGGUCCUCAGCCACAAGAAGAUGUACAGCAGGUACAACACGAGGCCCAACUUCAAGCAGAUGAAGAUAGAGAACCUGACGGUGGCUCUGGAGUUCCUGGAGAAGGAGAAAAUCAAGCUGGUCUCCAUCGACUCUGAAGCCAUCUUUAAUGGGAACCUGAAGCUGAUCCUGGGUCUGGUCUGGACUCUGAUUCUGCACUACUCCAUCUCCAUGCCGGUCUGGGAGGGCGAAGAUGAAGAUGAUGCAGAGUCAAAGACACCAAAGCAGCGUCUGCUGGGCUGGAUCCAGAACAGAGUCCCUGAUAUGCCACUCACCAACUUCAGCCAGGACUGGAAGGACGGCAAAGCACUGGGAGCACUGGUAGACAGCUGUGCACCAGGUUUGUGUCCAGACUGGGAGUCCUGGGAUCCAGAAAAAAAGGUGGAGAACUCCACUGAGGCCAUGCAGCUGGCCGAUGACUGGCUGGGUAUCCCACAGGUGAUUACACCUGAGGAGAUCAUAAAUCCAAAAGUGGACGAAUUGUCGGUGAUGACCUACCUGUCUCAGUUCCCCAAAGCCAAGCUGAAGCCCGGAGCUCCACUGAAACCCAAACUUAACCCCAAGAAGGCCCGCGCAUACGGACCAGGUAUUGAACCGACGGGGAACAGAGUGAUGCGUCCUGCUGUGUUCACAGUGGACACGUUCAGUGCAGGUCAGGGUCAGGUGACCGUCUACCUGGAUCAUCCGGAUGGCACCAGAGAGGAGCUGAAGGCGGAGCCUAAUGAGGGCAAGAAGACGUUCAGCGUCAAAUAUACUCCUCAAGUCGUGGGACCUCACAAGGUGACGGUGAUGUUUGCAGGUCAGCAGAUUCCCAAAAGUCCAUUCGAGGUGAACGUGGAUAAGGCGCUGGGCGACGCCACCAAGGUCACAGUGAAAGGCCCGGGAGUCGAACCUGUGGGCAACGUCGCCAACAAACCAACCUACUUUGACAUCUACACUGCAGGAGCUGGAACAGGAGACGUGACGGCCAUGAUCAAAGACCCGCAGGGCCAGCAGAACACCGUGGAGGUGAUGAUGGAGGAUAAGGGCGACAGCACGUAUCGCUGCACCUACAAGCCCACCCAGGCCGGUCCGCACGCUGUCAGCGUCCUCUUCGGAGGGGUGGGGAUCCCAAAGAGCCCCUUCAGCGUGGACGUGGGGCCUGCCUGCAUGCCGGGGGCGUGCAGAGCGACGGGUCGUGGUCUUCAGCCGUCGGGCAUGAGGGUGAAGCAGGUCGGUGACUUCAAGGUGGACACCAAAAACGCCGGCAGUGGAGACCUGAAGGUGGUCGUCAAAGGACCCAAGGGCAUCGUGGAGCCGGUGAAGCAGCUCUCCAGUCAGGAUGGUGUCUUCUCCUAUGAGUAUUAUCCCAACAGUCCUGGCAAAUACACCGUCUCCAUCACCUGGGGGGGUCAACACAUCCCCAAGAGUCCCUUCGAGGUGACGGUGGGUCAGGAGGCGGGGCCUCAGCAGAUCAGGGCUUGGGGUCCGGGCCUGGAGGGAGGCGUUGUGGGUAAACCAGCGGCCUUUGUCGUGGAGUCCGUCGGCUCUGAUGUCGGAGUGCUGGGUUUUGCCAUCGAGGGACCUUCUCAGGCUAAGAUCGAGUGCGAGGACCAGAAUGACGGCUCGUGUGAUGUCCGUUACUAUCCGACCGAGCCCGGAGAGUACGCCGUCCACGUGACCUGUGAUGAGGAGGACAUCGAGCACAGCCCCUUCAUGGCCUACAUCGUCCCCGACAACAACGCCAGUAACCCCGAUAAGGUUAAGGCUUUCGGACCGGGUCUUGAGAAGACUGGCUGCCUGAUCAACCAACCGGCCGAGUUUACUGUCAAUGCCAAGGAUGCUGGGAAAGGACCUCUGAAGAUCACAGCUCAGGACGCAGAGGGACUUCCUGUGGAGGUGACGGCGAGGGCUAAGGGUGACGGCCUUUACUCCUGCUCCUACAUGCCCAACUCCCCUCUCAAACACACCGUGUCCGUGUCCUGGGGAGGAGUCAGCAUCCCCAACAGCCCCUUCAGGGUGAACAUUGGUAAAGGCAGCCACCCCAAGAUGGUGAAGGUGUUUGGCCCUGGAGUGGAGAGAACGGGACUGAAGGCCAAUGAGCCCACGCACUUCACUGUGGAUUGUUCAGGAGCUGGAGAUGGAAGCUCUUUGAUUGAAGUUCCACAGAGCCCUUUUAGCGUCAAGGUUGAUCCUUCCCACAAUGCAUCGAAGGUCAAAGCGGAGGGUCCUGGACUGGCUCGCACGGGUAUAGAGAGCGGUAAACCGACUCACUUCACAGUGUUGACCAAAGGAGCCGGUAAAGCACCGCUGGACGUCACCUUCUCCUCCCCUGUCCAAGACUUUGACAUCAUCGACAACUAUGACUACUCCCAGACUGUCAAAUACACACCUAUGCAACAGGGGGAGCAGACGAUCACGGUGAAGUUUGGAGGAGAUCCCAUCGCAAAAAGCCCCUUCACGGUCGGCGUCGCUGCUCCGCUGGAUCUGAGCAAAGUUGUCGUGGACGACCUGGAAGGAAGAGCGGAGGUCAAUCAGGAGCAGCAGUUCAUGGUGAACACGAAGGGUGCAGGAGGUCAAGGUCGCCUGGAGGUGGCAGUGCUGAGUCCCAGCCAGAAGGCAGUGAAGUGUAAAUUGGAGCCUCAGCCCGGUAAAGCAGACGUCAGUAUGGUCCGUUACACCCCCACAGAGGAGGGCGUCCACGCCGUCAACGUGUCCUAUGAUGGACACCCUGUCCCCGGGAGUCCCUUCCCUGUGGAUGCCCAGCUGCCUCCAGACCCCAGCAAGGUGAAGGCGUUCGGUCCUGGUCUGAAAGGAGGUCUAGUUGGAAACCCGGCAGAGUUCACCAUCGACACAAAGGGUGCCGGCACCGGAGGUCUCGGGCUGACGGUGGAGGGGCCGACCGAGGCCAAGAUCGAGUGUUCGGACAACGGCGACGGGACCUGCUCCGUGUCCUACCUGCCCACCGAGCCCGGAGACUACCUGGUCAACAUCCUGUUCGAGGAGGUCCACAUUCCGGGCUCGCCGUUCAAAGCCGACAUCCAGCACCCCUUUGACCCCUCUAAGGUGGUGGCAUCUGGGUCGGGCCUGAAGAGAGCCAAGGUCGGAGAGACCAGCGUGGUAAAUGUGGACUGUUCCAAGGCCGGACCAGGACUACUCAGCCUGGAGGACGCCCUCGAAUCCCCCGCGACCAGUCCCUCUGGCACCGCCCCUCGCUCUGGUGUUAAAGCUAAGACGGAGAUCGUGGACAACAAAGACGGGACUUACACGGUGACCUACGUCCCGCUGACCUCAGGCAUGUACACUCUGCUGCUGAAGUACGGAGGCAAAGCCGUCCCCGGUUUCCCCGCCAAGGUCACGGUUGAUCCUGCCGUCGAUACUUCCAAGGUCAAAGUGUUUGGACCCGGAGUGGAAGGAAAAGCUGUUUUUAGAGAAGCCACCACGUCGUUCACGGUGGACGCCCGUCCUCUGACCAAGCGAGGAGGAGAUCACAUAAAGGCGGAGGUCAGGAACCCGUCUGGAGCGCUGACGGACUGCGAGAUCACCGACACGGGCGACGGGACCUACAAUGUCGAGUACACUCCUUUUGAGAACGGCGCCCACAACGUCCACGUUCUGUAUGACGACACACCGGUUCCUAAGAGCCCGUUCAAGGUGUCUGUGUCGGAGGGAUGCGACCCCAGCAGGGUGGUGGCGACCGGCCCCGGGCUCCAACAAGCUCUGACGGACAAACCCAACAACUUCAACAUCAUCACCAGGGGGGCAGGUAUCGGCGGUCUCGGCAUCACUGUGGAGGGUCCAUCAGAGUCCAAGAUGUCUUGCAAAGACAACAAAGACGGCAGCUGCAGCGUGGAGUACGUGCCCUUAACCCCCGGCCUCUACGACGUCAACAUCACCUACGGAGGAGAGCACAUCCCCGGAAGUCCAUUCAAGGUCCCGGUGAAGGACGUGGUGGACUCCAGUAAGGUCAAGGUGUCUGGUCCCGGUGUGGGCUCAGGAGUCAGAGCCAAUGUCCCACAAUCCUUCACUGUGGACUGCAGGAAAGCCGGCGUGGCGCCGCUGGCUGUGGCCGUCACAGCUCCUAAAGGCAUCACUGUGCCUGUGGAGGUGAAGGACAAUGGGGACGGGACUCACCUGGUGUCCUACACUCCGUCUUUGGAGGGACCGCACUCUGUGGCUGUCAAGUACGCAGAUGAGGACGUCCCCCGCAGCCCCUUCAAGUUUCGGGUUCUGCCAACUCACGAUGCCAGUAAAGUGCGAGCCAGCGGCCCCGGGUUGACCAAUGGCGUCCCCGCCAGCUUCCCUGUAGAGUUCAACAUCGACGCCAAGGACGCCGGCCAGGGCCAACUGAGCGUGCUCAUCACGGACCAGGACGGUAAACCGAAGCAGCCCAAUAUCCAUGACAACGGUGACGGUACAUACCGGGUGUCUUAUAUUCCUGACCGUACAGGCCGGUACACCAUCGUCAUAAAGUAUGGCGGUGACGACAUCCCCGCCUCACCUUAUAAGGUCCGCGCCACGGCAACCGGAGACGCCAGCAAGUGCACCGUCACCGGUCCAGGCGUGGGUCCCACGGUGGCCAUCGGCGAGGAGCUCGGCCUGGUGGUGAACGCUAAGGGUGCUGGGAAGGGGAAGGUGAGCUGUGUGGUGGUUCAGCCCGACGGCAGCGAGGUGGAGGCUGAGGUGCUGGAGAACGAGGACGGCACCUUUGACAUCUUCUACACCGCGCCAGCUCCCGGAAACUACGUCAUCUACGUCCGCUUCGGAGGGGAAAACAUCCCCCGCAGCCCCUUCAAAGUCAUGGCUACUGAUGAGAUACCCAUGAUGCAACAGAUGACGUCUCAACAGCAACAGGCCGCCCCCGGAGCUGGCUUUCAGCCCUGGGUGACAUCAGAAAACUACGAGCCAAUCAGCAGCAGCGUUAAUGGAAGCGGCUUCAGACCGUUCGACAUGGUGAUACCUUUCUCCUUCAGGAAGGGAGAAAUCACAGGUGAGGUGCACAUGCCUUCAGGUAAAACAGCUCAGCCGCUGAUCACAGACAACCUGGAUGGGACGGUCACGGUGCAGUACUCGCCCACGGAGGCCGGCCUGCACGAGAUGCACAUCAAAUACAACGGCUCACACAUUCCAGAGUCUCCCCUUCAGUUCUAUGUGAACCACGCCAGUAGUCCCAGCGUCACAGCCUACGGUCCCGGUCUGAUCUACGGCGUCGCCAACAAGACGGCCACGUUCACCGUCCUCACAGAGGACGCCUCUGAAGGUGGUUUGGACUUGGCCAUCGAGGGUCCGUCCAAAGCAGAGAUCAGCUGUGUGGACAACAAGGACGGCACGUGCAGCGUCAGCUACCUGCCCACUCUGCCCGGAGACUACAACAUCCUGGUCAAAUACAACGGCAAGCACAUCGCCGGCAGCCCGUUCACCGCCAGGAUCACUGAGGACAACCAGCGGCGCUCUCAGGUCAAACUGGGCUCGGCAGCAGAUUUCUCUCUGGACAUCAAUGAGACGGAUCUGAGCCUGCUGACCGCCAGCAUCAGGGCGCCAUCUGGCCGUGACGAGCCCUGCCUGCUGAAGAGGAUGGCCAACAACCACAUCGGUAUCUCCUUCAUUCCCCGGGAGGUGGGUGAGCAUCAGGUCAGCAUCCUGAAGAACGGCCGUCACGUCGCCAACAGUCCUAUCACCAUCAUGGUCGUCCAGUCCGAGAUCGGUGACGCCAGUCUGGUCAAGGCCCACGGAGACGGCCUUAUCCAGGGAACCACCUUCAACAACUCCAGCUUCGUGGUCGACACGCGCGAGGCCGGAUAUGGCGGCUUGGCUCUGUCCAUCGAAGGUCCCAGUAAGGUGGACAUCCAGACGGAGGACAUUGAGGACGGGACAUGUGGAGUCACUUACUGUCCUACUGAACCUGGAAACUACAUUGUCUCAAUCCGCUUUGCAGAGGAACACGUCCCAGGAAGUCCGUUCACGGUGCGUGUGACAGGGGAGGGUCGCAUCCGUGAGAGUAUCACCCGACGACAGAAGGCGGCGUCUGUUGCCAGCGUGGGGAGUGUGUGUGACCUCAGUCUGAAGAUACCAGCAAUCGACAUGCAGGACGUGACUGCUGAGGUUACCUCCCCCUCUGGAAAUAACCAGUCUGCCGAGCUGGUUGCAGUGGGGAAUGACACCUACUGUGUGCGCUUCGUGCCCACAGAGAUGGGUGUUCACACCGUGAGUGUGAGGUACAGGGAUCACCACGUGCCAGGCAGCCCCUUCCAGUUCACUGUGGGGCCGCUGGGAGAAGGCGGGGCCGCCAAGGUGAGAGCAGGAGGACCGGGACUGGAGGGAGCAAAGGCAGGAGAGCCAGCUGAAUUCAGCAUCUGGACGAGGGAGGCCGGGGCUGGCGGUCUGUCCAUAGCCAUGGAGGGACCAAGUAGGGCAGAGAUUUCCUUUGAGGACCGUAAAGACGGAUCGUGCGGCGUCUCUUACAUCGCUCAGGAGCCCGGUGAUUAUGAGAUUUCGGUGAAGUUUAACGAACAGCACAUCCCCAACAGCCCCUACCUUGUUCCUGCUGUUGCCCCUGCAAACGAUGCUCGCCGUCUCACUGUUACCGGCCUUCAGGAGUCUGGUCUGAAGGUGAAUCACCCAGCAUCCUUUGCAGUGUGUAUGAACGGAGCUCAGGGAAAGCUGGAGGCCAAAGUCCACAGCCCCUCUGGAGCUCUGGAGGAGUGUGCCGUCACCGAGCUGGAAAGAGACAAGUACGCUAUCCGGUUCAUCCCCAGGGAGAAUGGUAUCCACAACAUCGACGUCAAGUUCAACCGCUCUCACAUCCCAGGAAGUCCUUUCCAGGUCCGAGUCGGGGAGCCAGGACAGACAGGAGAGCCGGGUCUGGUCUCAGCAUAUGGAUCUGGACUGGAGAGAGGCACGACAGGUAACCCGUCAGAGUUCGUCAUUAACAACACUAAGGCGGGCCCCGGGGCCCUGUCUGUGACCAUUGAGGGUCCAUCCAAGGUAAAGAUGGACUGCACAGAGGUUCCAGAGGGCUACAAGGUGAAGUACACUCCCAUGGCGCCCGGAAACUACCUAAUCAGCAUCAAAUAUGGAGGGCCGAAUCACAUCAAUGGCAGCCCCUUCAAGGCCAAAGUCACGGGUCCUCGGCUGGUGAAUGUGACCAACGCCAGUGAGACGUCAACCCUGACAGUGGAUCCAGCAAUAAGGGCGUCCAGCAGCAGCUUGGUUCAGAGCGCCAUGCCCUGGCUGGGAGACUCCGAUGCCAGUAAGGUGCAGAGCCGAGGCCCCGGCCUCACUAAGGCCUUUGUGGGCCAGAGGAGCAACUUCUCCGUUGACUGCAGCAAAGCCGGUAAGAACAUGCUCCUGGUGGGUGUGCACGGUCCUCAGGUCCCCUGUGAGGAGGUUCUGGUCAAACACUUAGGCAACCUGCAGUACAACGUGAGCUACAUGCUGAAGGAGCGGGGCAACUACGUCCUGGUGGUCAAGUGGGGCGACGACCACAUCCCAGGCUCCCCUUUCCACGUCACCGUCCCAUGAGGCACCAGGAAACCAUCCGUCACUCCUCCUGGAUCCCCUUUUUUAGGUGGACACAUUAGUUGCACUGCAAAUGACUGUCCAGUUAAAAAGUCGCUUGACAAAGUUACGUGUGUACAUUUUGCUUUCAGAUGCGUAGAGUUCAUUAUCACAAGUAUAAAUGAUUUUCAGCCCCGACAGAAUCAAAUUACUUGUUUUUCAAUUUGCCAAACUGCCCCUUACAGAGGAUAAAAUCAUCAGAAAUUUUAAACACUAACUAAAAAAAAACAUUUUAAGGGAAGAGGAAAUGGACAUAUCCAUGAAUGGAGACUCUACUUUUUUUAGUUGGACACUUUUUAUGUCUGCAAUGAAUCAGGAGGCAAAAUGGUAAAUUAUACUAUAAUCUGGUCUAAAACUGGAGCUGUAAAAAUAAAUUAGAGGGAGAACUGAUCUGACUGGGAAAGAGAGAUCUCAUCUGUUUAUUUUUGCUUCCCAAAAAUUAUUAAUUGACAAAAUUUGCACUUGAUGAUAGUUUUUAAACUUGAUUGAUUGGUAAAUUUAAGAUUGCUUGACGUUAGUUAGUGAGGACGUCCUGACACAAUAGCUUGGUGACCUUGCAUCUCUGUUUCCAAAAUGUUAAAAAAUCAAGAUUUGGACUGAGAAGUGGAGCCAAACUUCAAAUAAAUAAAUGAAUAACUGGAAUGACACAGCACUUUGCUUCAAGUUACACAGUGACAGGAACAAAAUUAAAAUGAGGUUUCUUUGAGGUUUGAUUGUGUAAAAGGGAGCUAAAUGACCACCUUCUGAAUAAUUUUGAAUCCUACAAAAAAAAUCUGUUGCCUUUUCUCAACAAUGUUGUGAAGUGCUUUGAAAGAAAAAUGUUAACUUAAAGGCACAGUUUGUAUAUUUUGAAGUUGGGUUGUAUGAGGCACUUGUCCGUAGUCGGUGUGUAUGAGUAGUAGAUGUCCGUCAGCAUGCCCUCAGUUUGGAGAAGCAGGCAGAUGUACCGCUUUACCCUGCUGCAGAAAACCAGAUAUGACGGGGAACUUAAGCCGUUAUACAUCACUUUCUUCAAAGCAACCAGACUCCACUGAGAAAAACACUGAUUUGACCCCACAGAGCGCAGGAGCUGAUCUACCUCUGCCCUGAUCGAAUCUGAAUUUACCCAUAAAAACACAAAAGUCACACAAUAGCAGGAACAAACAAAGUGAGGCAGUGUUAGACCAGCAUCUGUGUUCUGUGAGGUAACGUUACUGUUUUUGUCAAAAGAGUCUGGUGGCUUUGAAGAGAGCACUGAAAGGAAGCAAGUUAAAAUAUUGUCUAAAAAGUGAACAUUUUAACUGAAAAUAAUUUUUUUUAGGUGGCUAAAAUAUGUUUAGUUCUAGCCACAGUAAACAUCAGUACAUUGCUUGGCUUCUGUGGUGGUACUCCAGCCUGCUUCUCUAAACUUGGGGCUGCAGACCGACAUCUACUGUAAGUAUUACACUGACUCAUUCAACCCCACUUAAAAAAAACACAACUGUCCCUUUAACAUCUCAAUUAAAAUAAUAAACUGGAAAUCUUUGUUUAGUUUAGUGUCAAUUUGAUGCUCCAUUAAAAUGUGGUUCAACCACCCGCGCUCCAAAAGGAAGCAUUAAACUCUACAUGACUACUGAUGCUUAUUGCUAAUUUCUUUGUUUCCAAAAUCCCAUGAAUACAUUAUGGUGCCAUAAAGAAUCAAUAUAACUGUUAAAGCUGCCUUCACACUACUGUUUCCUGCACUGUACGACAGACUACUUAAUUACGUGCUUGGGUUCAUUGCCGCUUUAUGUUAUUCCUUCAGCUGUAUUUUCCACAUGAACAGAUCUGACUUUUAACUUUGUGGCUCAGUUCUGAUGUGCUUCACGUGUGCCUGAACACAGCAUGAGUGACAGUCAGCCAGGGAUGCUGGAUAGCCACGUUUCAUAUAUACUGACAUUAAAGUCCACCUAUGAGUCCGAUUGUACUUUCACUAUAAUCACUGCAAAGAAUGCUGUAACAUUACAUUAAAAAUCAGGUCUGAGUUGGAAAAUUAGGUCAGAUUUUUGUUUUGUGUGUAAAUCCUGUAGAAAACAGGAUGGAUCUGUCUUUAUCACUUACCUGGAUGUUGUUGCCUAAUCGUUGCUACUUUUGAUACUUUGAGGAUGAGAGGAUUUUUGUAUGGGGGGGGACAUGUCAUUUUGUAUUAGGGAAUGGGUGUUUCAAUGUGAAACAAAACCCUGAGAUGAUGUACAUUUGAUAAUUAAAAUGAACUGGAAUUAAAAA